UCUUCUGAUUAUUUUCAUAAAUAAGCAUUAUUUCUGUAAGUUGCACGGAAGGCUUUUAUGGUGUGAACUGUACUACACCUUGUCCAAAACCAUAUUUUGGCUCGAAUUGUCUACCUAAAUGCAUGUGCAGUAGUGAAAACUGUCACCACGUUUACGGGUGCAGAACUCCAUCAGGUGAGGAACAAUUACUAACAUUUAGCUUUUUUCUUGCUGAAGAAAGGCUCUAUCCUGUUUCAGAUUACCUCAUAUUCAAUUUUACAGAAUGUCCGCCUGGAAAAUAUGGCGACUAUUGUGAGUUCUCUUGUCGUUACCCAAACUAUGGAAAUAGAUGUCAGUUCUUCUGUCCUUGUGAUGAAGCGUUCUGUGAUCCUUCAAGUGGAUGUGCAGAUGAUUAUUCAUCAUCGCACAGCAGUGAAAUAUCAACCGUACCUGCAUCUGCUUCAAGUACAAUUUAUAACGAGGCUACAACAGAGGAUGCACCGAAAUCUACCAGCAUCCUCCAUUUGGACAAUAUGUGUGAGAAAGAAAGGGGAAAUAUAUAUGAAAGUAAUUCUACAUAUUUAAUUGCUGGUAUUAUCAGUCUUCUGAUCGUUGCGGGAUUAUUGCUAGUUCUGUACGCAGUGGUGUACCAACAUCAAUUCACGUGCAAUGUUCAAGGAGAUACGGCUAGUGAAAGCACACUUUGAAAUGAUAAAACUUACGACUCUCACGUUCAAUCAAACUAUGACAACAUGAAACAUUUUUUCUGAACAUAUAUCUAAAAGAUUAAUAAUGCAAUAAAAGA